GCUGGAGGCGCAUUGUCAGCAUUCAAGCAGGACGGCAUGGCCAUUGUAUGUGUUUGCCAAUAUAUGGAGGUUCGGAAGAGCGAGGGGACGCAACCAGCCUGAAGCCCGUGAUAGUCCAGUGAUCUCCGUUUUGCUCUCUAGCUAUGAGCUGCCUGGAUGUGAUGUACCACCAAAGCUAUGGAGCACACCUCCUCCCUGCAGAAGCCUACAAGUCGACAUAUUACAAUCAUCAUUGCCAACAGCAGCAGCAGCAGCAACAACAACAACAGAGGAAGCUGAGCUCUCAAACUAAAAUGCACAAUUGUUCAGGCCAGCAGCAAGGCGGAGGACGAGGAAUACCAACCAGAGAUCCGUGUCUUCGCCCGGCUCCCGGAACCCAAUCUGGAUGUUUAUCAUUACACGACUUGGAGGUUAAAGACGGAAGUCAACCAGCAGGUGCGGAGUACUUAAACUCCCGCUGUAUAUUGUUCACCUACUUCCAAGGCGACAUCAGUGAUGUGGUGGACGAACAUUUCUCUCGGGCACUCAGUCAGUCGGCCGGACUUAACAGGGAGCCCAAGCCGAGCCGGAUGAUUCAGACGUCUGCCUCAAAUGGAUCAUGGAAAGAUGGUGAGUCACUUCAGAACAGUCCAACAUGGAGCAGCGCCUAUCCAUCCCCUUCUACCACCUGCCUUCCUUCUGUCUCGUUGUCAGACUUCUCCCCAACUCCAAUUUCCCUCAACCCGGCUGAUGGCGGUCUAUGGGCUGGUCACGUGCUCUCCCAGGCCGGCCUCCAACCGCUAGCUAGCCUCACAGACAGCUGGACCUACAGCCUUAACCCCCAAAGCACAAGUAGCUACCCAAACGUUCACGAUGUCUACCAUCCACACCACCGCACUCACAUCCAUACUCGCCAUCACUACCGGCCUACGUUGCAUUCAUACCCGAGUCCCGGCACGGCGCUCGAGUCCAGGUUUAGUCCUCUUCUGCUGCCUGGUGUGAGAAACCAAAGUCAGUCUACAGCCAGCGCAGGGAGUUCCCCGCUCAGCGAGAGCGCAAAGACAGAAAUGGACCCCAGUAGCUGCAGCCCAAUCACGGCUUCAUCUAUUCCCUGGACACCUUCAACUCUCCAUGGAUCCUUGGAGUUGUAUGAUUCAGCUCAUGAGCAGACCAAAGCAAAGUCGUCAGUUUGGUUCUAAGUGCUGACGUGCAUUUAAGAGGACUAAGUGGCAUCAUCAAUUGGUGGUUGCAAAACCAAUACGACAAUCAACAAUAUGGAUGGACUCUUCUACUACUGUUCCUGCCUUAUCUACAUAACUUAUGGUGGAGAUGAACUCAUUCAUUCUAUGUGUUUAAGCAGUUCUGUUUCAAGAGCAAUGGGUCAAUAUCAUUAUAUUGUACUCCCCCCCCCCCUUAAAAUACACAGCUAAACAUUUGCACAAAUACCAAAACAAUGAUAAAUCUCUUAAAACCAUCAGUGAUUUUGAUUUUCUAUUUUCAUAUUGAACAUUUUGUCCCUAAAAUUGUUGUCCAUCGUGUCGUCUUUCUUCAGUUGAGGCUAAAAUGGUGGAUAAUUAUCGGGUAAAUAUUUCCACCGAUUCCUAAUUUCGAUCACAUUAUGUAGUUGGAUGUUGUUGAGCUUCGCAUGUCUACUCUGUCAUGGUAAAAUAUCAAUUGAUAUAAAUACCUUUCAGAAAAUAUAUUUGUUAGAUAGUACAUAGCCAGUUUGCUAACAGAAUCAGGUUGCUUAGUGAAGUUUCAUCAUGUGCUUAUAAAUUAGCCAAUAUGCAGUUUAUAUUUACAUUGUCUGCUUGUCGUUCAUUUUUAGUUUAGGAGUUUGGCAAUUAAUCAUUUCAAAGUCACCUUAUAGUGAUAUUGACCCAUAUACCAAAUGUGUACAGUUUUGCCUUUCAAAGUGUGCUUCUUUUUUUUUUUUUUUUUUUUUAGCUGGAUGACAUCUGUGCCCGAAUGCUACCUUUAAAAUUUUGCCUCAAGGGAUUGUGUGUUGAAUAUUUUGAUACUGUAUGUUUGAAUGUAAAUAAUAAAUUAUGACGUUCUAUUUGCAAA